AUGAAGGCCAACAUCCAGGCCUUUGACGCACCCUUUUUCGCAAUGACACCAGCAGAGGCCGCCUCGCUAGAUCCACAGCAGCGUAUGCUCCUCGAGUGUGUGUACACCGCGAUGGAGAAUGCCGGCUACACAAUGGCCGACAUGCACAGCGCCCCGUUUGGCGUAUACGUCGGAAAUUUCAUGUUAGACUUCCGUAAUCUUGUUAUCAAGGACGUAGAUGUUCCCAUGACUUAUACAGCGACAGGAUCGGUUGCCAGUACAUUGGCGGGAAGGAUUUCUUGGUUUUACGGACUGAGGGGACCAGCGGUCAGUGUGGACACUGCCUGCUCCAGUAGUAUGGUGGCACUCCACCAAGCUGUUGUCGGGUUAAAGCAAAGGGACUGCUCUAUUGCUAUCGUAUGCGGCACAAAUGUUAUUCUGACCCCAGAAAUGGGCCUGGAGAUGAACGGAUUGGGAGUUCUCGAUCCAGCUGGUGCUUCAAGGAGCUUUGACAAGUCAGGAAACGGCUAUGGGCGAGGAGAGGGUAUUUCGGUCGUGGUUUUGAAGAGGCUGUCAGACGCGAUUGCCGAUGGAGACACAAUCAGGGCCGUCAUCCGAAAUACCGGCUGCAAUCACGACGGACACUCACCCGGGUUGACCACGCCGGCAAAAGAAGCCCAGGUAGAGCUGAUGCAGCUUACUUAUGCGCGCGCCAAGCUCGAUCCAGCAGAAACUCGCUUUUUCGAGGCUCACGGCACUGGUACAAAUGUUGGAGAUCCGAUUGAAGCUUCUGCAAUUGCAGAAAUAUUUGCAAAGACGAGAACCCCCGAGGAGCCGCUGUAUGUUGGUGCGCUGAAGAGCAACAUUGGACAUACCGAAGGCAACUCGGGCAUCGCGAGCUUUAUCAAAGGUGUUUUGUGUUUAGAAAGCGGGAUAAUUCCUGCCAAUGCCUGGUUUCGUGAGAAGAACCCGCGGAUUAAAGAAGAGUGGAAUUUACACUUCCCAACCAAGUCCGUACCUUGGCCCAAAACACCGAGCGGUGUGCGACGAGUUUCGAUCAACUCUUUCGGUAUAUCCGGCACCAACGCACACGUUAUCAUGGAUGACGCCUUGUCAUAUUUGCGCGCCAACAGCAUCGAUGCACUUCAUCACACCGUCGAGAUCCCGCGGCUUUCGCCACGAGCUCCCCUGCCACAACCUGUGAUCAACGGCACUGGCUUCCCGCCACAACUCUUUGUCCUGUCAAGCCAGGACCAGGACGGUAUCGCGAGGCUGUGCAGGGCCUACAGGGAAUACCUGCCCACCAUGACCGAGCCGCUGUACAACCUCAGCUACACACUUGCAGAAAAACGCUCCAGACUCGACUGGCGGGCGUUUGUGGUGGCCAGCUCGUCGGCCGAGCUUGAGGCGGCGCUAAAACAGGAGCUGCUCGCCACUCGAACUGCGAGCGAACCUGGGCUGGGCCUGGUGUUUACUGGCCAGGGCGCGCAGUGGCCGAGAAUGGGUGCCGGCCUGGCGAGGUUUGACGUCUAUCGGGAAAGUUUGGAGGCAGCCAAUGCAUACCUCAAAACUAUUGGGUGCGAGUGGUCUGUCGUUGAUGAACUCUCCAAGUCCGCCGGGGACUCCAAUAUCAACAAGGCGGAGUUCUCUCAGACUCUCUGCACGGUUUUGCAGGUGGCCCUUGUUGACCUUUUCAAUGAAUGGGGUCUGCAGUUCCGUGCCGUUGUGGGCCACUCCUCGGGCGAGACCGCCGCUGCCUAUGCGGCCGGUGCGAUUUCGAAAGAAUCCGCUUGGCGUAUUGCUUUCUGGCGUGGAAAACUGUCGGCAAAACUGUCCGACGCUCUCGAGCAGCCAAAGGGCACGAUGGCCGCCGUGGGCCUGACGGUGGAUAAGGCCAAAGAGUAUAUUGACAAGGUUUACGAAUCUGGCUUCCAAGGGGUCGAGAAGCUUGCCGUUGGCUGCAUGAACAGUCCAAAUAGCCAAACGAUCAGUGGCGACGUGGCCCAGGUCGAGGCCCUCGUCGAGCUGCUUAACAGCGAGGGCGUCUUUGCGAGGAAGCUCAAAGUCGAGAUGGCGUAUCAUUCACACCUCAUGAACCCCAUUGCAGAGGAGUAUGCUCAAAGCAUGGGCGAGAUUGAGCCUCCUGGCUCCGCAAGCAAGCAAGGGUCGCCCGUGGAAUUCUUUUCGUCCGCGUACGGCUGCCAUGUAGAGCACGAAAAGCUGAGACAGGCGGCAUAUUGGACCACGAACCUGACGUCUGCGGUCCGCUUCAACGAGUCAGUGGCUGCCAUGCUGGAAGCAAAGAUGGAUGAAGAAAGCCUUUGCGACUUGGUCACGGACCUCUUGGAAAUCGGCCCGCACGCAGCCCUGCAAGGCCUGCUCCGCAACAUCAACGACGCCACGCGACCGAACACGGGGGUCAAAUACCACCACGCACUGAAGCGCGGCGAGGACGACGUGGUCGCCAUCUUGUCUGCUGCAGGCUCCCUCUUUGCGCGCGGACUGGAGCUGUCUCUGAGCAAGGCCAACCACGUCGAAAACGCCACCCCUCGUUUGAUGGUCGACCUGCCCAGGUAUCGGUUCCAGCACAACAAGGAAUACUGGUACGAAUGUCGGCUGAGUCGCAACUUUCGUUUCCGGCAUUUCUCGCGGCAUGAGCUCUUUGGAAAGCCGGUCAACGACUGGAAUGGCAAGCACGACGCCAUCUGGCACAACUGGAUCAGGUUGAGUGAAAAUCCAUGGGCUGAGCAUCAUACCAUCAACGGGAGCGUGCUGUAUCCCGCCGCUGGCAUGCUGGUCAUGGCCAUCGAGGGAUGUAAGCAACUUGCCCAGCUGGAUAACCCAGAGCGCAAGUUGAUUAGUGGCUUCAGGUUCCGCGAAGUUUCGUUCCAUUCGGCACUAAAGGUCCCGGUCGGGGCAAUGGGCGUCGAGUCUCACCUUUAUCUGAGACCCGCCAAGCAGGCAGCACUCGAGUCCAAACCCUCGGCCUGGCGCGAGUUCCAGGUCUGCACGGCGCAGGACGACGACUCGUUCAGGGAGCACUGCUGCGGCCAGGUCUUGAUCGAGUACCAAGAGGCGUCGUCUGCUGUCGACGACGGCCGGGAGAAGCAGGCCUUUAAGGAGCACUGUCGAGUCCGCAUUAGAGACGCAAAGGCAAGAUGUAAGACGCGGGGCACCUCGAAGGACUUUUACGACGCAUGGGGGGCCGUGGGGCUGACGUUCGGCCCAACAUUCCAAACCGUGUCCGAGUUCCAGGUCGACCACGCCGCCGGUGUUGCGCUUGCACAAAUCAAACCCACCACUCCACUGCUCAGGUCGCUAAUGCCGCACAAUUACCUACAGCCGCACCUGAUCCACCCUACCACCCUGGACGGUGCGAUCCAGGCGUGUCUGGUGCCCCUGGUGUCCAACCCCGCCAGGAAACAGCAAAGCCCCAUCGUCGUAUCCUUUAUGGAUGAGCUGUGGCACCUCCUGUCCUGCACAGCAGUCGAUCCCACUUCCGCCGAGCCCAUAAUCAAACUCUCGGGGUGCAUCGUCACCGAGGUUAAUGGCAACGAAGAGGCCGCGCCUACGCAGGACCCUAAGCACAAGGCUUGGAACAUCGACUACCGGCCCGAUCCGAGCUUCCUCAGCCCCGAAGCUGCACAGGAGGCGUUUGCGGGCGGCGAUGGCUUCCUAGAGUACGUUGAUGCCCUAGCCCACAAGAACGGCUCUCUCAAAGUCCUUGAUGUUUGUGAAGGCUCUUGUUCUUCAGCGAACUCGAGAAACGUGCUGGCUCGGCUGCAAGGGCGGCAUCUUCAAUACGACGUCACCGUGAGCGACGAUUCGCUUCUGGGGGAGCUUCAGGCUAGUGGUCUUUCCGAGUACGAGGGCGUCAGUUUCAAGGUUUUCGACGUCAAGGCGGAUCCAUCCUCGCAGGGCUUCGAGGCCGCGUCGUACCAUCUGCUGCUUGCGCCGAUCAAAUCGGUCCCCGACAUUGACGAGAUGGACCGUGUCGUCGGUCGAUUCCUGUCUCUGCUGCAACCGGAUGGCAAGAUCAUUUUUACAGGGGUGCACGGUGCAGCCGCCGCCGCCGAGACCUGGGGCACCUGCUUGACUCGCAACGGGUUCAAGAGCGUGGACGCAGUGCUCGGUGGCGCCGAGGGUCGUGUCGUGAUAGCCAGCGCGCCUCGGCAGGAGAGCGAGAAAAGGGCCCUGGGCAGCUGCUACGUUGUCGGAGAUCUGACCUCUGAUCUACAGCGCACCGUGGCGGAGAAAGUAGCCGCCUCGCUCCUGGAAAGUAGUGGCCUUGCCGCCAAGACCGCCACGGUCUCGGAAUACAGGCAGCUUACGGCUGCGAUUGGCCAAGGGGAGGUUGCCAAGAGCUCCUGCAUUGUGCUCUCGGAGCUUGAGAACCCACUCCUGGCCACUGCCGAUGCGGACAGCCUCGCCGCCGUAAAGACCAUGGUCACCGGCAAGCAGCUUCUUUGGGUCUGCAAGGACGACUCCCCCGACACUGCCAUGGUCACGGGGUUUGCGGCAGCCAUGCGCCUGGAGCAGCCUAGCCUGACCUUUGUUACGCUCGCUUUCGGGUCUCUGGAAAGCCCAGCCGCGGUGGCCGACAAAAUUUUGUCUGUCAAGGCACGCAUCACUUCGGACAAGGAGGCAGCCCACGAAACAACAUACAAGGUUGUUAAUGGCGUGCUUGCAGUGCCACGCCUCACGGAAGCUACGGCCGUGACCAGGCAUAUCCUUCAAGCCCCUUGCACAGCUACAGUCCCCACGCGGUUCACGACUACGGCAAAGCCGCUUCGUUUGCAGAUUAAACAGAUUGGCCUGCUGUCCUCGCUGCACUUUACCCAUGACGCCAUUCACUCCAGCCCGCUUGGCGACUUUGAGGUUGAGUUCAAGACGAUGGCGACGGCAAUCAACUUCAAAGAUCUGGCGGUGAUGCUGGGCAAGAUCCAGUCGACGCCGUUUGGCCUGGAGGCCGCGGGCGUGGUGACGCGCGUCGGUGCCGGCGUGACCCGCUUCAGGCCCGGCGACCACGUCUUUGGCUUCACCUUCAACGGCGCAUUCUCCACGUACGCCCGCGGCGCCGAGGGCACGCUGGCCCCCGUGCCCGAGGGCAUGUCGUUUGCCGAGUGCAGCACCAUCCCCAUCGUGUACACGACGGCCUACGCGUGCCUGUACGACGUUGGCGAUCUCGAGAAGCGCCUGCGUCGUGGCCAGAAGCCGCCCACUGUUCUCAUCCACGCCGCGGCCGGUGGUGUGGGACAGGCGGCCAUCCAGCUUGCUCAGCGCGCCGGCCUGGAGAUCUUUGCCACCGUCGGCAGUGUCGAAAAGCGCGACUUUUUGCACGGCACCUACGGCAUCGCGCACGACCACAUCUUUUCCUCGCGCGACCUGACCUUCAAGGACGGCGUCCGGCGCAUGAUGGCCGACCGCGGAGUCGACAUGGUCAUCAACAGCUUGGCGGGAGACGCCCUGCGCGCCACCUGGGAGCUGGUUGCGCCGUUUGGCGCCUUUGCCGAGAUUGGCCUGUCCGACAUUGAGUCCCGCUCGCGCAUCAGCAUGGGCACCUUGGCCAGGGGCGUGCGCCUCGAGGCCCUCGAGCUCAACUACAUGCGCAAGACGGACCCCGGCCGCCUGGACGACCUGUUCUCCCGCGCCAUGGAGAGCGUCCUGGGCGAGAAGCUGCCGCGCGCCACGCCCAUCACCAGGUUCCCCAUGUCCAGGAUCCAGGACGCCAUGCGCUUCAUGCAGAGCGGCAAGCACAUUGGCAAGAUCACGAUCGAGGCCGUGGACGGGGAUGUGGUCGACGUCGCCGACGCGGGGCUCUCCGAGACCAGCUUUGACGAGAACGCCACCUACGUGGUGUCGGGCGGCUUUGGCGGGCUGGGGAUCGAAAUCAUCCGCUGGAUGGUGGCUCGCGGCGCUAGGAACCUCGUUGUGCUCUCCAGGAGGGGCGCCGCUGACGACGCUGCCAAGGCUCUGGUGGACGAGGUGCAAGCUGCCGGGGCCAAGAUCAUCACCCCUUGCUGCGACAUAACCAACCUGCAAAGCCUGCAACAAGUACUCGGCAAGGCUCUGGAGGGGUUGCCGGCGGUCAAGGGCUGCAUCCAGGCCUCUACGGUUCUCAGGGACAACGUCUUCACGUCCAUGACCCCCGAGGAAUGGCAUGGUGCCCUCGGCGUCAAGGCCACGGGCAGCCAGAACCUCUGGACGGCCCUGACGGCCGACUCGUACAGGCUCGACUUUUUCACCAUGCUCUCCUCGCUCACCGGAAUCACCGGCAACGUUGGACAGUCAAACUACUCUGCAGGCAACGCUUGGCAAGACGCUUUUGCACGCCAGCUGUCCUCGGAGGGCCACAAUGCGGUCUCUCUAAACGUCCCCGUGAUGAGCGACGCGGGAAUGGUGGCCGUGCGCCCUGCGCUCAGAGAAUACCUGCUGUCCACCGGCUGGUCAUACAUGUCCACCGCGGAGCUGAUCAGGCUCCUGGACUACCACUGCCGCCCCGUUGAGUCGCGCACCGCCAGGGAAUCCCAGGUUGUCCCCAUGCUCUGGCUGCCCAAGUACUCGGCCGACGAGGGGGCAGAGCAGCCCGGCUGGCAGCACGAGCCCAUGUUCAACCACUUGGACUUGCAGGACGGGUAUUCCAAGGCCUCGGCCCUCGGCAAGCAGGAUCGUGGCAGGCGCACGACUGCCGACCUGAUCGCGGCUGCGGACACGGUGGAGGAUGCCGAGAAGAUCGUCCUCGAUGCGCUUUUGGAGCAGCUGUCCAAUAUUCUUCAGCGUGAGGUGACAGAUCUCGACCCGGCGAGGCCAAUGUCGGUCUUUGGAGUCGACAGUCUGGUGGCUGUCGAGUUGCGGGUGUGGAUCAACAAGCAGGUUGGUGCUGACGUUAGUGUGUUUGAUAUGACGAGCGGCCAGCGGAUCAGUCAGCUGGCGGCCAAGGCAGCAGCUACUUCGAAAUUUUUGACCUUCAAGGUAGAGUAG